AUGUCGACCACGACAACCACCACCACCUUCACCCAAACCCUCUCCUCUCCUCCUUCCGACGAGCCUCAGUAUUAUGGCAAGUUGCGCUACAUCCCUCAGGGCCAGACCCCAACCCCAUCCCCUCACAACUUCCAUCUCCCUGCCAUGGCUGAGUUCGGUGACGUGCGGCUUCAACCUCUCAUCGACAUGCGCCCUGUCCCAACCAUUGCUGAACUGCCCAAGGCAAAGGAAGGCGCCGCCCAGCUCGACACCCACGGCUUCACUGCCAUCCGUCACCCAACAAGCAUGAACGCGGCCCCUUAUACCCGUGAGAGUUGGAGUGACCCUAACUUGCUGAAGAAACUCUACGUUCCCGAGACGGAGGAGAUGGUUAAGCAAGUCACGGGCGCGAAGACCGUCAUCACCGAAGCUCUUCUUCUGCGCAGCGCCAUCUGGUCCGAAGCAGACGCCCUAGCUACCCAUGCAGGCCACGGGGACCAAAAGGAAGAACAGCAGCAGCAGCCGCAAGAGAAGUCGCAGGAAGAGAAGGAUCUCGAACUCGGUUUCCCCCAGUUCAUCGGCUUCUCCAAGCAACACGGCGGCGCCAGUCCCGCCCCGAAAGUCCACCUGGACUACGCGCCCAACGGCGCCCGGAUGCACUUGAGAAAGUACCACCCGACAAUGACGGCCGUCGCGCAGCCCAUCAUCGACGCCGAGGAGGAACUGCUCGCCCAGGGGAAAUCGCUGAGAGAAGAGUACGCCGAGUCCGGCCUCGGACCCCGCUGGGCGCUGUACUCCAUCUGGCGGCCCUUGAAGCGCGUGCGCCGUGAUCCCCUGGCCCUGGGCGACGCGCGCACGUUCCUCGAGAGCGACUACGUCCCCGUCGUGGUCAAGACGCCCAACCUCGGCAUCUCCCCGGACUCCAAGGAAACACACGACACCGAGUCGUACCUCGCCCGCUGGUCGUCGGGACAGAAGUGGUACUUUAUCAGCCAGCAGGAGCCCGAGGAGGUGCUGGUCAUUGGUCUCUUUGACAGCAACCGCGACAAGGAGACUGUCGCCGCCGGCGGCACUUUGCAUUCCAGCGUGGAUCUGCCGGGGACCGAGAACGAAGAGCCCAGGGAGAGUCUGGAGCUCCGAUGUCUGGCCAUCUGGUAG